UAUUUGAUUGACGGACACAAACUAAAAGGGAGCUUUCGCGCCUUGAAGCUCUAAAUAUAAUCGUAGUAGCUCUUUGAAGAUUACUUUGUAACAUCAUGCACAGAACUUUGGCACAUGCCAAACUCCAAGGUCCGUAGAACCUUCUACGGACCUUGGCCAAACUCGGCUUAUUCAUGCAUGCCUCACAAUGGUUUUAUAAGUGAUUAUUCCGUAUUUAUUUACUUCAACUUUAACUUAAACAUCUGAUUUGCUUUCAAAAUAAGGAAUGGGAAGAUACUCGGUAGUCAGAUGAGAUUGACAAAUUGUUUUGAAAGCUUCAGAUUUAAAGUACUGUUUUCUAAAUUUCAUCAUGCACGAAGCGUACGAAGUUAUGCCUAUUGUUCAAAAAUUGCCUCCUGGAUUGUCAAUAGAGACAAUUUCUGCUUACGAUGACUACUUGCUUGUGGGAACAAAAUCUGGAACUCUACUAUUUUAUCAAUUAGUACCAGCUGCAAAAGGUGGAGCAAAACCAGGUUCUAUUCAGUAUGAGGUUAAAUUUCUAAAAUCUAACAAGGCUUUUGCCAAAAAAGCUAUUACACAG